AUGGAUAAAUCUUGGAUUAGAAUGCCAAGGACCACAAAGGAAUAUCUGGUUGGUUUGAAUCAGUUUUUGGAAUUUGCUUUUAAAAAUGGAGCUAUAGAAGAUAGAAUAAAAUGCCCGUGUCCUCAAUGUUGUUUUGGAAAAUGGCAGACUAGAGAGGUAGUAUUUGAUCAUUUGAUUUGCAAGCCAUUUCCUCAAAAUUAUGUCAUUUGGGUUAUGCAUGGGGAAACAAGUGUGUUACAAAAUUCUAAAAGCAGAGAGUUUACUCAGGAUACACUGCCUCCAAAAAAUCCUGUAGAAUUAUUGAUUAACGAAGCAUUUCAUGGCUUUAGGCAAGAGAGAUUUGAUGUAGGUCCAUCGCAAAUAGUGGCAGAAGAAGAGAUAUUAAAGGAUAUACCCACAUCAUAUGACAAAGACUUUUUUGAGUUGCUCAAAGAUGGAAGGGAAGAAUUGUAUGAAGGGUCUAAGUACUCAAAAUUAGAGUUUUUGUUAAAGUUAUAUCACAUAAAGUGUUUGUCUAGUCUAAGUGACAAAGGAAUGACUAUGAUAUUGGAUCUACUCAGGGAUGCCUUUGAAUUUGCAAAGAUCCCUGAUUCUUUUUAUGAGGCUAAGAAAACUAUCAACAAGUUAUGUCUUGAUUAUGUUAAGAUUGAUGCUUGUCCAAAUGAUUGCAUGUUGUAUUGGGGAGAUGAUGUUAAUGAGGAAACAUGCAAGCAUUGUCAUACUUCGAGAUGGAAGCUUGAUGAGAAGAAUACAAACAUUAAAGUGGUUGCUAGGGGUAAGAAGAAAAAAAAGAGACCUGCAAAAAUUUUGCGUUACUUCCCAUUAAAGCCAAGAUUACAAAGACUGUUCAUGUGCUCUAAGAUGGAAGAACAUAUGAGGUGGCAUAUGGAAGGUGGUAACAAAGAUGGAAUCUUAAGGCAUCCUAGAGAUGGUGAGGCAUGGAAGAGAUUUGAUACAACUUAUCCUGAAUUUGCUUUUGAAUCUCGAAAUGUUCGAUUAGGGUUAGCUAGUGAUGGUUUCAAUCCCUUUGGAGCGAUGAGUACUAAUAAUAGCAUUUGGCCUGUAAUUUUGGUUCCAUAUAACCUACCACCUUGGUUGUGCAUGAAACAACCAAAUUCUAUUCUAUCAAUGAUCAUUCCAGGUCCACGAAUGGUGGGAAAUAACAUAGAUGUAUACUUACAACCACUUAUUAAGGAGUUGAAUGAGUUGUGGAGUGAAGGUGUACAGACUUUUGAUUCAUCAAAGAAUGAAAUGUUUAGAAUGCGGGCAGCUCUUAUGUGGACAAUUAGUGAUUUUCCGGGACUCGGUAUCUUAUCUGGUUGGAACACAUAUACCGGUUUUGCAUGUCCAUCUUGUAAUUUUGACAUGAAACCUUGUCGACUUACUCAUAGUAGAAAGUGGUGCUUUGUUGGUCAUCGUCGAUUUUUGGCAAGAAAUCAUAAAUUCAGAUUAAUGAGGAAUCAUUUUGAUGGAACUGUAGAAGAAAGAAACCCCCCCAAAAAGUUAUCUGGAUCUGAUAUUUUGCAACAAGUGACAAAUAUUAAUGUUACAUUUGGAAGACAAGAAAAGUUGAAUGAUAAAAUAAAAUGA